AUGAGGCACGUCAGGCAAACCCGAUGGAGCCUGGAACCCUACGUCGGUAGCUUCAUCAACAAGGAUAAAAGCAUCGUGGCAGUCAUCAGCCUGGCGUGUGGAAAGCUUACUGUCACAAUCUGGGGCAGUGCAGAGAUGCCACUGUCCCUGAUCCCGCACAACUUUGCUUCAUCACUAUUCCCAAAGAACAUGUUUCCGACUGGGACUUGUUUCCCCAAGGCAGACAUCGACGGAAAGGCAGCACCUGUAUCUUCCAUGGACUUUACGCAAAAGGACGGGGUCAUUCAAGGAUUCAAAUGGUCGUCCAAGCGCGGUCGUAAUCUCGUCUUCGAACGCUCAGAAGUCAGCACUCUCGUCAAACUCGCCGAACCAGACAGCCCACUCCUUCGGCUUCCUGGUGAGCUACGCAACAAGAUAUACAAUUAUCUCUACGAGGACAAAGAGAUAAAACUUAUUCACUACGGCGACAAGACGCGCUUCGCGACCUCCGGUGAGAAGGAGAAGGGCAAAGCCCAUGAGUACAAGAACGCCGUUCGCCUGGACGCCAUCAAGGAUACAUGCAAGCAAUUGUAUCAAGAGACCAAGGGCAUCUAUCUUCCCAAAGCCCACAUCACCACCAUUCGCAAGGUCUUUGCCAAGUUCAUCGAGCGAAAGGAUCCCAUCCUACAUGGCAGGACGCGAAAUGUCACUAUCAUCAAGGGUUUCGACGGCCUUUUGAGGCGGCGUAACGUCGCGCUUGUCUUGUUCCCCAUUAUUGACUUUUGCAAAGCCAAUCCGCAAGUAUCGGUGCGAAUCUGGCUUGACGACCUCGUCUAUGAUCCCCACGACCCCAUCGCAUUCAUACGUACUGGUAUGCUGCUUCGUAAAGCAUUUCGCGGCGAACGCAAGUUCUGCUUUAAGAAGGACAAAAAGGCUAUGGAGGAACUGCGUGGAGGUCGUAGGGUCGAAGAGCUGGAUAUGCCAAACAUGAGGCUCCUUUCAGCUUAUCACCAGAAGUUCGAGGGUCAUGAGGAAUUGCGACGACGUGUUGGUAUCCUUCUCAAUAGUGGGAACUCUGAUGCCAAGAAGGUCAUGAAGGCGUAUGGUGGAGAUAUGCACUGGAUGGUUGAUGAUGUUCUGCGUAUGUUCCAGCAGGGCAUGUAG